CUCUCUCUCUCUCUCUCUCUCUCUCUCUCUCUCUCAGGUGUUAAAGAUCAGACGACCAUCCAAUGGUCGGAUCGUAUUUCUUCUGUUCCCCCUUAACUUUUUUGCAACUUGAUCUCCCAAAAUCGCAGGUCCUAUGAAUUACAGUUUUCUCUUAUCCUACUUUCUUACAUCACCUUUGUGUGAAUGGAAUCUAAAAGAUGGGUGAGAGAGAAUUUCGAAAGAAAAAUGACUCAAAAAAUCAACGAAUUUCUGAUUGGUGGAAUCAGGUUUACUGAAUUCAGAAAGAAGCCAAUUCAUUGCCAAUUUCAUGUUUAUCCACUCAGAGUCAGGGGACUCUCUCGAAGGUCUUUUUUCUAUUUCAAUUUAUUAAUUAGUUUUCUAUGCAGAUGUAUUUAUUUAAUUUUAUCUGUUUCCUGUCGCGUUUAUGUGUGAUCACAUGUGAAUAUGAUGAUAAGCGUUACUCAUCUUCGCUUUUUACUUCCUCCUGUUAUAUGCAUGAAUCUUUAAAAUAAUUUAUUUAGAUAUAUCUAUCUAUUUAUAGUAUUGAAAUUUGGUAAUUUUCUCUUAGAUUUCCUCAUAUUGUGACAUUCAAAUACAUAUGCAUGUAUGAUCUUAAUUCUGACACAUCCGUCUCCAAGUGUUUGUGUGUGUUUGCUUCUCUAAAUUUUUAUCUCAUAUCUUUUUUGUUUCAUAUGUAUGAAGUUUGUUGAAUUUGGAUAACUUCUUCUAGAUUCUUUUUAUUGAUUUUUUGGCUGUAGUAAGAUAUUUGGAGUUUAGUGAUGCCAAAUUUCAUGAAAACAUAAUGUCUUUAAGUUUCUUUUCAUGAUCGAAAAAAAGAAAAGGAUAAGAUUUAAACGUUUCUUGAGUUUGCACUAAAUAAACCAGCCAAUAGAUGUUCCUACUUUCUUCAAAUGCUUGCAAUUAUGAUCUUUUAGGUGCUUUGAAAGUGUAUAUUAUUUCUUUUAUUUUAAAAAUUGUCCAAGAAAAAUUCCAUGUAAAUGACCGUUUGCUAUAAUAGUUGGCUUGUGAAAAAAAAGAGAGAGAGAGAUUUGUUAUUUAUAUAGAUCAUAUAUUGUAAAAUGUUGCAUGAUUCAUAUACAACAAUAACAAUAACAAAACCAAACUCCCAUGAAAAUAUAUAGGGUAAGGGGGUGUUUGAAUUACUCUAAUAAAAUAGUGCAACAAUUAUAAUAUCAUAUAUAUGAACUGAUAAAAUAACAAGACUAAUAAAGUUACUUUCUAGAUUCAUAUUAUAUUCAGAAGGAUAAUUUAUUUUUUCUUACAAGCUGACAUGCAUAUAUUGCAUAUAAGAACAUGUUUGAAAAGCAUAUAAAAUGACUGUUUUAUGGAUAUCUACUUGCAUGUAUUUUAAUCAAGACUCGAGUUCACAGAUAUUACAAACAUUUUUCUUGUGGGGCAAAAUAAAUAAAAGGUUAAAUGCAUAUUUAUGCAACAAAGUGUCACCUUUUCCCAUUUUAUGCAAUUGAUCUGAUUUUUGCAAACCUCAUUCAUUAUGUGAUUGAUAAAUCAUUUGAGUAAAUUACACAAAUGGUCCUUAUGGUUUGGGGUAAUUUGCACGUUUGGUCCCUAACUUAUUCUUUUCACUCGGAAGGUCCCUACUGUUUGUUUUUUAUAUGUAUUUGGUCCCUACUGUUUGUUUUUGUUAUGCGCUUGAUCCCUGUCUUACCUAAAAAAAAUAUUAUUUAAAUAGGGAAAAAUGGUAGAUUAGGUAAGGUAAGGUAAGGAGGUAGGGUUGGGGUGUGUGCUUAUUUAAAUAAAUUAAAAAGUCAAGGACAAAAUAGUCUUUUUAGGUAAGAUAGGGACCAAAUGCAUAACAAAAAUAAACAGUAGGGACCUUCUGAGUUAAAAAAAUAAGUUAGGGACCAAACACACAAAUUACCCUAAACCAUAGGGACCAUUCGUGUAAUUUACUCAAAUCAUUUUGUUGAGUUAUAAAAGUGAAAAUAGCAUGAGAGUUAUAAUAAUUUUAUCUAUUUCCCAUUUUUUAUGACCAGAAUUUUCUAAUUCCUAAUCUGUCCAAUGUUACUAGUAUUUAUUGUUCUUUCUGGUUGCACCCUUGCUUUCUAAACAUCAACCCAAGUGAUUAUCCAUAAUGUAGCAGAGUUUAGUUUUCACUUUUUGAGGAUCAAUGAAGGUAUGUUACCAGAUGCUUACUGUUUAAUUUCUUUAAAGAAAUUUCAAAUUCAAUAGGAUUUCUUAUAUGUGAACAUAUAAUAUUUUAUAUUUCUUUGGGCAAAUUACCAAAAGAAAAAAAAAACAUAAUAUUUUGGGCAAUUUUAUGGUAUAACCACUUAUUAUUUGUUUUUUCCGCUCAAACCAUAAUUGUUUUUCCAAUUUAACCAUUUUGACAUGAUAUAACAUAUCAAAAAGGUUAAUUUAGAAAAUUACCUAUGAAACUUGAUACAACAUGUCAAAACAAUUAAUUUGAAAAAAAUUGCUUGAAACUUUUAUGAUUUGAUUGGAAAAAAUACAAUAUUAGUGAUUAAACCGCAAACUGCCCAUAUUAUAAUGUAUGUUUUUGUUUAUGUAAUUUGCCCUAUUUCUCUUGCUUCUUGAAUAUGAAAAUAUGGUGUAAUAAUGUAAUAUUCUUAUCGACUUUUACUUUUCAUUUUCAAAUUAUGGACUAAAUACACCCAAACAACUAAGAAGCCAUGCCUUUGUGUGAAAUUUAAAUUUAAAAAAAAAAAAAAAAAAAAAAAGUUAAGUCAAGGUAGGUGGAGAAAGAUUAUUUUUGAUGUGGUAUGGAGGAAUUGUGUCUUUAAUAGGCUACUUGUGUCCUUAGAAUAAAUGACCAAGUUCUCUGUUUUAACCUUUAACAUGAGAAACAAAUUAUAUUGGUCAAUUAUAUACAGAAAAUUUGGACUUUUAUGCAUCGUUUUUUUUUAAAUCAUACAAAUUGCAUACUUACACGUAUACACACACAUUUAUUUACAAUUAAAGUAAGGUCACAACUCACAACAGCAAUGGAGGUCGAGGUUCUCCUGUCAGUUUCCAUUGCCUUCUGCUGACGUUUUUUUUUAAGAAUGGUCCCAUUACAAAAGAUACUCAUUCACGAUUUUGUUAUAAAUAAGUAUCACUAUAUAUUUUCCAAAUACUAAAUUUAUAUAAAAUGUAUUACUAUUCUAUUGCUUCUACUCUCCAAUUAAGUCAUUGUACUUAUACUAUAUGUCUCACUUAGUUUGAAUUUAAAUUAUAAAUUAAGAUAUUAGUAACUUUAAUUUAUUAUUGGAUUUGUUUUUUGCUUUUUAGUUAUUACUUUGUUUUACUUCAUAUCGAAAUGGUGAAAUAAAGUUCAUUUCUGCUUUGAGCUUGAACUGUUGAACAUGAAGUUAAUUGAGUGGUCAAAGAAGUCAACUAUGUGCAUCAGCAGUGAUACAUACUAUUACAUAGUACAUAGAUACAUUGACUUAUAAGUUAUAUAUAAUUAGUAUCAUCUAUUAGUUUGGUUACUAUUUUAGGCAAGUAGUUUCUUUUUAAGCUGAAAAAAGCAAUUCGUUAUGAUCUUAUACCCACACACACGCGCACUUAGAUCCUUAAAAAAGAGUAAUGACGUCAUAUUCUGAUUAUUUAUUUAUUUUUUUUAUCAAUUCUUGUCAUAGUUUAUUCUUUUUUACACUUUUAUGUUUGUACUAUUUCACAACAAUAUUGGAACAUAGUUAUUUGAAUAAUCAGGUAACAUAUUGAGAAUCUUAUAUUUAUUGGCAUAUAAUGAGUCAUAUAUAUUAUAUGGUAUUGUGUGAAGAGCAAGUUGACAUAAGGGAAAGAAAAUCCAAGAACCUAGUUGAUUUUCCAAAAUAGGAAAAAAAACACAAAUACCCAUUUAUUUUAAAUUGGAGAAUAUAAUAAAUAAUAAUAAAAAGAAACAGGUACCCAGCUAUUUAUAUCCUUCAUGAGACACUGCCGAUUUCUGCCUCUGCAUUGCUUUUUCUUUCAGAAAGGCAAACUCAAGUUCAAUCAAAACCCUUUUUUUUUCCAAUUUCCUCAAAAAAAAAAAACUUUUCCCAAAAAAAGAAAUUAAAAUAUAUUUAUAUUUUAUAUGUAUAUAUAGAUAUAUCUAUGUAUAUAUAUAGAUGAGAGGUAGAUUAUGGCUAAAAAAGGAAGGAGAUCAAUGGAAACAGAGAAAGUUGAUGAAGCUAAAGAAGAGCUCCAACCACGUGUAUCAGAUGUUUACAUCCGUAGCCUUGUGAAACACUUAACCACCAACGACGGUGGUGGUGGUGGUGGUGGAUCGCCGGAAAAUGAGAAACAUUUUAGUGAAAUUAAUAAUAACACCCAAAAACCACAAAAGCCCAAAAAACAAGUCAGAAGAAGACUUCACACAACUAGACCUUAUCAAGAACGACUCCUAAACAUGGCAGAAGCCAGAAGAGAAAUUGUCGCCGCCCUUAAGUUUCACAGAGCUUCCAUGAAACAACAAGAGGCCGCCGGUGGUGCCGUCACUAACCACCACCAACCGCCGCCAGUACAAGAGAAAAAACCAAAAUCCCGACGAAUUCUCAGCCUUUAUCCUUCCACCACCACGGACGGCGGUGCCGCCACCGCCACCACCACCGCUGCCAAUUUGUAUUGGCCUAUCUCCGCCACUGCACCGCCACUGCCGCCAGCGUACCAUGACAACUUAAAUUUAUUUCUUCCGAGUCAAACUUUGGGAUUGAAUUUAAAUUUUCAGAAUUUUGAAAAUUUAGACACCCGUUUUUAUCACACACCAUUGUCAUCAUCUUCAACUUCCUCUAAUCCGGUGGCUGGAAAACGGAAGGAGACGCCGGAAAAUUCCUCCGGCGGGUUGCAUCAUGCGAUGGGAGAUGAGGAGAUGGAGGAGAUACGGUCGUUGGGUGAGAAACACCAGAUUGAGUGGAAUGACACCAUUAAUUUGAUGACGUCAGCAAGGUGGUGUAGUUUCUUGAAGAAUAUGGAAAUGGAAGAAGAUGAAGGAGAUGAGUUUUAUGGAUUUGAUCAAGUUAUGAAGUUUCCACCAUGGCUGAUUAAUGGAAAUGAGAACUCUUGUUUGCAAGAUCUUAAUUUUUCUGAUGCGUACAUGCAAGAUCCUCCUUUACCUUGCAUGGAUAUAGGUGAAAUUGAAGGAAUUGAUGGGGAGUGGCUAGCCUGAAAAAAGAUUGAUUGCGUUUUUUGAAAAAUCAAUUGUGGCUGAAUUUUUGAACUAUUUUUGUUUUGUUUUUUGUUAAUUUUUUUAAUAUUUUGUUGUACUUUUAUUUUUCUAUGUAAUAAUGAUUGCAAGUAAUAUGCGAUAUGAGAAAAUUAAAACAGAAAAUAUAUAGAAAGGAAUGAACUGGAAUUGUUGCUUAGCGAAGGAAGACAUAUAUAUGGAAAGUUUUUAUAUGCAA